UUUCAGCCGUGCCCCAAUUCCCAUGGCAGUGGUUCGCAGAGAGCUCUCCUGUGAGAGCUACCCCAUUGAGCUCCGCUGUCCUGGCACUGACGUCAUCAUGAUCGAGAGUGCCAACUACGGGAGGACAGAUGACAAGAUCUGUGACUCUGACCCUGCUCAGAUGGAGAAUAUCCGAUGUUAUCUGCCAGAUGCCUAUAAGAUUAUGUCUCAAAGAUGCAAUAACAGAACCCAAUGUGCUGUGGUGGCAGGUCCUGAUGUUUUUCCAGACCCAUGUCCAGGAACUUAUAAAUACCUUGAAGUGCAGUAUGAAUGUGUCCCUUAUAUUUUUCUUUGUCCUGGACUGCUAAAAGGAGUGUACCAGAGUGAACACUUGUUCGAAUCUGACCACCAAUCUGGGGCAUGGUGCAAAGACCCUCUACAGGCUUCCGACAAGAUUUAUUAUAUGCCCUGGACCCCAUACCGAACUGAUACACUGACAGAGUAUUCAUCCAAAGAUGACUUCAUUGCUGGAAGGCCAACAACUACCUACAAGCUCCCUCACAGAGUGGACGGCACUGGAUUUGUAGUAUAUGAUGGUGCCCUGUUCUUCAACAAGGAGCGUACCAGGAACAUAGUAAAGUUUGACUUACGGACUAGGAUAAAGAGUGGAGAGGCAAUCAUAGCAAAUGCCAAUUACCACGACACAUCCCCAUACCGAUGGGGUGGCAAAUCUGAUAUAGACUUGGCAGUGGAUGAAAAUGGAUUAUGGGUAAUCUAUGCAACAGAACAAAACAAUGGCAAAAUUGUCAUUAGCCAGUUGAACCCUUAUACCCUACGGAUUGAGGGGACAUGGGACACUGCAUAUGACAAAAGGUCAGCUUCCAAUGCAUUUAUGAUUUGUGGGAUUCUGUAUGUGGUCAAAUCUGUAUAUGAGGACGAUGACAAUGAGGCCACCGGUAAUAAGAUCGACUACAUUUACAACACGGACCAAAGCAAGGAUAGCCUGGUGGAUGUACCCUUUCCCAAUUCCUACCAGUACAUAGCAGCUGUGGAUUACAACCCCAGGGACAAUCUGCUUUAUGUGUGGAAUAACUACCAUGUUGUGAAAUACUCUUUGGACUUUGGACCUCUGGAUAGCAGAUCAGGGCCAGUGCAUCAUGGACAGGUUUCCUACAUCUCUCCACCGAUUCACCUUGACUCUGACCUAGAAAGACCCCCGGUUCGAGGAAUUUCUACCACAGGCCCCCUGGGCAUGGGAAGUACAACCACCAGCACCACUCUCCGGACCACUACCUGGAACGUAGGGAGGAGUACCACGCCAUCCCUGCCAGGCAGAAGAAACCGCAGUACCAGCACCCCGUCCCCGGCUGUGGAGGUGCUGGAUGACAUUACCACACACCUGCCAUCUGCAGCCUCCCAAAUUCCAGCUAUGGAAGAGAGCUGUGAAGCUGUGGAGGCCCGGGAAAUAAUGUGGUUUAAGACCCGUCAGGGGCAAGUAGCAAAGCAGCCCUGCCCGGCAGGAACCAUAGGUGUGUCAACUUAUCUAUGCCUUGCUCCUGAUGGAAUAUGGGAUCCCCAAGGACCAGAUCUCAGCAACUGCUCUUCUCCUUGGGUCAAUCAUAUCACACAGAAGCUAAAGUCUGGAGAAACAGCUGCCAAUAUCGCUAGAGAGCUGGCGGAACAGACCAGAAAUCACUUGAAUGCUGGGGAUAUCACCUACUCAGUCCGUGCCAUGGACCAGCUGGUUGGUCUCCUGGACGUCCAGCUCAGGAAUUUGACUCCAGGUGGGAAAGACAGUGCUGCCCGCAGCUUGAACAAGGCCAUGGUCGAGACAGUUAACAACCUCCUUCAGCCGCAAGCUUUGAAUGCGUGGAGAGACCUGACUACAAGCGACCAGCUACGUGCAGCCACCAUGUUACUUGACACUGUGGAGGAGAGCGCUUUCGUGUUAGCUGAUAACCUUUUGAAGACUGACAUUGUCAGGGAAAAUACAGACAAUAUUCAAUUAGAAGUUGCAAGGCUGAGCACAGAAGGAAACCUAGAAGAUCUAAAAUUUCCAGAAAACAUGGGCCAUGGAAGUACUAUCCAGCUUUCAGCAAACACUUUAAAGCAAAAUGGCCGGAAUGGAGAGAUUAGAGUAGCCUUUGUCCUGUACAACAACCUGGGUCCUUAUUUGUCUACGGAGAAUGCCAGUAUGAAGCUGGGCACAGAAGCCAUGUCCACAAAUCAUUCUGUUAUCGUCAAUUCUCCUGUUAUUACAGCAGCAAUAAAUAAGGAGUUCAGUAAUAAAGUUUAUUUGGCUGAUCCCGUAGUAUUUACUGUUAAACAUAUCAAGCAGUCAGAGGAAAAUUUCAACCCUAACUGUUCAUUUUGGAGCUAUUCCAAACGCACAAUGACAGGUUAUUGGUCAACACAAGGCUGUCGACUCCUGACAACAAACAAGACACAUACUACAUGCUCCUGUAACCACCUCACGAAUUUUGCAGUAUUGAUGGCACAUGUGGAAGUUAAGCACAGUGAUGCAGUCCAUGACCUUCUUCUGGAUGUGAUCACGUGGGUCGGAAUCUUGCUGUCCCUUGUUUGUCUCCUGAUAUGCAUCUUCACAUUCUGCUUCUUCCGUGGGCUCCAGAGUGACCGUAACACCAUCCACAAGAACCUCUGCAUCAGCCUGUUUGUGGCAGAACUGCUCUUCCUGAUUGGAAUCAACAGAACAGACCAACCAAUCGCCUGUGCGGUGUUUGCAGCCCUUUUGCAUUUCUUCUUCCUGGCGGCCUUCACCUGGAUGUUUCUGGAAGGGGUGCAGCUGUAUAUCAUGCUGGUGGAGGUUUUCGAGAGCGAGCAUUCACGGAGGAAGUACUUUUAUCUGGUGGGCUACGGCAUGCCUGCGCUCAUCGUGGCCGUGUCUGCAGCAGUGGACUACAGGAGCUACGGAACAGACAAAGUAUGUUGGCUUCGACUUGACACCUACUUCAUUUGGAGUUUUAUAGGACCCGCGACCCUGAUAAUUAUGCUGAAUGUAAUCUUCCUUGGGAUUGCUUUAUACAAAAUGUUUCAUCAUACUGCCAUACUGAAACCUGAAUCAGGCUGUCUUGAUAAUAUCAAGUCAUGGGUUAUAGGUGCAAUAGCUCUUCUCUGCCUGUUAGGAUUGACCUGGGCCUUUGGACUCAUGUAUAUUAAUGAAAGCACAGUCAUCAUGGCGUAUCUCUUCACCAUUUUCAAUUCUCUACAGGGAAUGUUUAUAUUCAUUUUCCACUGUGUCCUACAGAAGAAGGUACGGAAAGAGUAUGGGAAAUGCUUGCGCACGCAUUGCUGUAGUGGGAAAAGCACGGAGAGUUCGAUCGGCUCAGGGAAAACAUCUGGUUCUCGAACUCCAGGACGGUACUCCACAGGCUCCCAGAGCCGAAUUCGGAGAAUGUGGAAUGACACUGUCCGGAAGCAGUCAGAGUCAUCCUUCAUUACUGGAGACAUAAACAGCUCCGCAUCACUCAACAGAGAGGGGCUUCUGAACAAUGCCAGGGAUACAAGUGUCAUGGAUACUCUACCACUGAAUGGUAACCAUGGCAACAGUUACAGCAUUGCUGGCGGUGAAUACCUGAGCAACUGUGUGCAAAUUAUAGACCGUGGCUAUAACCACAACGAGACCGCCCUAGAGAAAAAGAUCCUAAAGGAACUCACUUCCAACUAUAUCCCUUCAUACCUGAACAACCACGAGCGCUCCAGUGAACAGAACAGGAAUAUGAUGAACAAGCUGGUGAACAACUUAGGCAGUGGGAGUGAAGACGACGCCAUCGUCCUGGAUGACGCGGCGUCCUUCAACCAUGAGGAGAGUCUGGGCCUGGAACUCAUUCAUGAGGAAUCUGAUGCUCCCUUGCUGCCCCCGAGGGUGUACUCCACGGAGAACCACCAGCCACACCACUACAGCAGGAGGCGGCUCCCCCAGGACCACAGCGAGAGCUUCUUCCCUCUGCUAACCGACGAGCACACAGAAGACCUGCAGUCACCGCACAGGGACUCUCUGUACACCAGCAUGCCGGCCCUGGCCGGCGUGCCCGCUGCAGACAGCGUGACCACCAGCACCCAGACCGAAGCCGCAGUGGCCAAGGGUGGUGACGCCGAAGAUGUUUACUACAAAAGCAUGCCAAACCUGGGCUCCAGAAACCACGUGCACCCGCUGCACGCCUACUACCAGCUGGGGCGUGGCAGCAGCGACGGAUUCAUAGUUCCUCCCAACAAAGACGGGGCCUCUCCGGAGGGGACUUCCAAAGGACCCGCGCACUUGGUCACUAGUCUAUAGAAGAUGACACGGAGGUGGCAACCAGCAGGACUGCGAACACCAAGUGGACCAUUCUGGGUCGACAUAAGCAGUGUGGUCAUCCUGUGUACUCCGACAUCUGAUGCUGUUCUCAAAAAAAAAAAAAAAAGAGAGACUCUCUGACAUUUUUUUUUUUUAACUUGAAUUUUUAGGUCGGCCCAGGGGAGAAAGCUAACGGCUGAGAUCCUCCUGUGCCCCGUUCUUUCCCGUCCUAUCCCCUCAGAUGGAGACUUCAUUAUGUUAAUGAACGAGAUAUGAAGAAAAUGGCGCUCAUUGUGGCCUUGUUGAAUUAUGUUGUGUUUGUUUUUAACAUCUCUGAUGCUCUGUUACUAGAAUCACAAGGACCUGUUGUUUCGUUUUUGUUUUGUUUUGUUUUGUUUUUUUUAAAAAAGGCCAGAACAAUUGUUUGAAAUUAGCAACAAUGCUGCAUCUAGAUUGGAGUGCCGCCCAGCCGUGGAAGCAGAGCAGAACUGUGUCACAUAGCGGUUCAUGGUCACUCACAACUUGAGUUCACCACAGCGGGAAUAGCUGUGGAAAGCAAAAAAAACAAAACAACAAAAAUUAAUAAUCUGAUGGAGGGGGAUUCUAGAAUUAUAUGCUAGAUGCAUAUUUUAUGAUUUGCUAUAUUAACUGAUGAUGAAACUAAUGGCAGAAAAAAAAUUGAACAAUUUCUAUGUAAUGUACAGAUACUAGCAUUGCGCAUAUAGUCUGCUUUCUGUUCCUCCAGAAUUUGAGUCCUGUUAAUGUAGUGGCAAAGAAGAAAUUUUCUUUUGUGCUAGUCUUGCAAGUUUGUCUACCAGUAAAAGAGCAAAGUUUCCUUCCUUUCUUGUUUUCUUCCUUUUUUUUUCUUUUAUCCCCUCUUCCCCCCAACCUGUUUUUUUUUUUCCUUUAAAAAUUCACCUGGCAAAAAAUAAUAAAGAAAUGAAGCUAUCACUUUAUAAGAAUCAUUUUCUAGUAAUGCAAACAAAUUAUUUUUUACAAAAAAUAAAAUAAAAUAAAUAAAAUUAGACUUCCUUCCCUCACUAUAUAUCUUUAUCCAACCCGAAUACUUGCAACCCCAUUUUGCAAAAUUAGAGCAGGACAAAUCUUAUGUUUCCAGGGCACAUCUGUUGUAAUGCAAAGCAUAUUUGGCAAGCAGUUCAUCACCAAGGCAGUAGCUAUGAUUCUAGAAGCUAAGAGGUGUCUAUAGAUCUAGAGGGGCUUCUGCAUGUGAAAAGCUGUAUUCCAUAGGCGUUACAGUGCUGAAUGCGCAGUCUGCCCCCGUGAGGGCGCCUGCACUACCAGUUGUUAGAGGAAAUUCACUCCCUCAUAGUAAGAGUUGAAAGGUCAAAUUAUUUUGAAAUGAUUUUUUUAAAGUCUUCUGUUAACAGGAAAAUUUAUUUAUUUGACAGGAUUUUAAGUAAUGUAGGAAUACAAAUGGUAAAUUAGCAGCACAUAUAAUUUUUUUUUAAUUUAUGAUCCAUUUUGUAUGGUCUCAAGUUGGAUGACCUCAUUACUAAUAUUUGUUGUAAAAGUGAAACUUGUUUGCCAACCAAUAAACAACUGAUUGAGAUUUAGAAAA